CGGUUCCAAAAUACUCAAUGUCGUAUCUGAGCAUUAACAACACUUAAAAGAUUACAAGACAUUUUCGGUCCUUUACAACACGCGCGGACAAUAUUUAAUGUCGAGGUGUAAACGAGCUGGCCCAUUCAUUUUUUAAUUUUAUAUAGAAAGCGUUUUUAAAAAUAUUAAAAACAUGGCCACGGCUGAAGCUCAAGUCAACGUAAACACAAAUUUGCAAAAGCAGGACCUUAGCAAUUUGGAAAUAAGCAAUCUAACACCACUGUCGCCGGAGGUGAUCUCCCGCCAGGCCACCAUCAACAUUGGCACAAUCGGUCAUGUAGCCCACGGCAAAUCCACGGUUGUCAAAGCCAUCUCCGGGGUGCAGACUGUCCGCUUUAAAAAUGAGUUGGAACGAAAUAUUACAAUAAAGCUCGAACGCUUAAGCGAAAUGAAAAUCCAAAAACUUCUGAAAUCCAAACAGCAGCGCGAUGCAUACGACUUGAAACAGCGCCAACUGCUGAAACAAUUGAACAAGCGACGUCAACGACAGCCGUCCAAGAGCAGACAGCAGGAAAAUGCAAUUGCUCCUUACACUCGAACCAGGCGAAGCAUCAGCCAAGUCUCACUCAGUCCUAGUCACAGUAGCGGGUAUGGCAGCGUCAUCGGCCCCGACGAGCACGACACUUUGCCCGUGGCCAUAAAUCAGAGCGACAAUUCAACAGUAAACAUACGGAAGCGUUGCCGUAGCCCUAACGACCUUCAAAACGAGCACUCAUCGUCGCCGGCCUUGAAGCGAGCCAAAAAGAGACCAAAGGGCGAAUACUUUGUGGAGGCCAUUGAGCGCGUUGAGGUGAUGCACAACGAGCCCAUCUUCUAUGUGAAAUGGCUGGGCUACGAUAGCAGCGAAAAUACUUGGGAGGCAUAUGAGAACCUAGCCGACUGCGUUCAGCUGGAGGAUUUUGUGGAUCGGCAGUCACAAUUGUAUGAACCCUUCAUCAAAAAAAUCGUUGGCAAACUGGAGGCAAAACUGGCGACAGCCGCUCCACUUGACUUGAGCAGUAUUAAUAUAAAGAAGGACUUGGAUAACUACGAGUCGAUGCCGUUGAGUUUGGAUUUGAUAUUGCUGGCCCAGUAUCGGGCGGCGGGCAGUCGCAGUCAGCGUGAGCGCCAGCGCAUUGAAGAUCGAGCUCUGCGACGUAUCCAGAUCCAGGGUUGUCAUUAUGCGCGCCGAAAGCAGCUACAGGAGCUGGCCCAGUUUGAGAAGCGUAUGAACAGCGUGGAGCUGCCUUCACCGCCCAUAACUGUGAAAAACGACGUCGAUUUGGAUAGCAUCGAUGCGAAUUUCGUGUAUAUACAGAAGAACAUGUUGAGCGAUUCGGUGCCCCACCCUGAGAAGGCAGUCUUCGGCUGCAAUUGCAAGCAUGACGAAGGGGAUGGCAAGACCGAAUGUUGCGCCACCAGUCGCUGUUGUGCCCGGCUCGCCGGCGAGCUGUAUGCCUACGAGCGUACGACACGUCGCUUACGUCUGCCCCAGGGCAGUGCCAUUUUUGAAUGCAAUAGCCGUUGUAGCUGCGAUGAAAGCUGCACAAAUCGCCUCGUACAAUUUGGACGCAAGCAUCCGCUGGAGCUCUUCAAGACCAGUAACGGUCGAGGCUGGGGAGUACGCACGCCGAUUUCGCUGCGUAAAGGCGAAUUCGUUUGUGAGUAUGUGGGAGAGAUUAUUUCCAGCGACGAAGCCAACGAGCGUGGCAAGAUCUACGACGACAAGGGCCGAACAUACCUGUUCGAUCUGGACUACAAUACGGCCGCAGAGAGCGAGUUCACCAUCGAUGCGGCCAACUAUGGCAAUGUCUCGCACUUCAUCAAUCACUCCUGCGAUCCCAAUUUGGCGGUAUUCCCCUGCUGGAUUGAGCACUUGAACAUGGCACUGCCCCAUCUAGUAUUCUUCACAACGCGGUAUAUCAAGGCCGGUGAGGAGCUGAGCUUCGAUUAUAUACGCGCCGACAAUGAGGCUGUGCCCUAUGAGAACCUGUCGACGGCUGCGCGCGUCGAAUGCCGCUGUGGUGCCCCGAAUUGCCGGAAAGUGCUAUUCUAGA